CGACGUUCUGGCGGCCCGAGCGCGCCUAGUCGAUGUGAGCCCGGCGCGAGGUCCCGGGCCCCGGGGCGCUCGCUCAGGUAAAUUUUUCCAUAACCUUAUGGAGAGAAAGGACUUUGAGACAUGGCUUGAUAACAUUUCUGUUACAUUUCUUUCUCUGACGGACUUGCAGAAAAAUGAAACUCUGGAUCACCUGAUUAGUCUGAGUGGGGCAGUCCAGCUCAGGCAUCUCUCCAAUAACCUGGAGACUCUCCUCAAGCGGGACUUCCUCAAACUCCUUCCCCUGGAGCUCAGUUUUUAUUUGUUAAAAUGGCUCGAUCCUCAGACUUUACUCACAUGCUGCCUCGUCUCUAAACAGUGGAAUAAGGUGAUAAGUGCCUGUACAGAGGUGUGGCAGACUGCAUGUAAAAAUUUGGGCUGGCAGAUAGAUGAUUCUGUUCAGGACGCUUUGCACUGGAAGAAGGUUUAUUUGAAGGCUAUUUUGAGAAUGAAGCAAUUGGAGGACCAUGAAGCCUUUGAGACCUCAUCUUUAAUUGGACACAGUGCCAGAGUGUAUGCACUUUACUACAAAGAUGGACUUCUCUGUACAGGGUCAGAUGACUUGUCUGCAAAGCUGUGGGAUGUGAGCACAGGGCAGUGCGUUUAUGGCAUCCAGACCCACACUUGUGCAGCGGUGAAGUUUGAUGAGCAGAAGCUUGUGACAGGCUCCUUUGACAACACUGUGGCCUGCUGGGAAUGGAGUUCUGGAGCCAGGACUCAGCACUUCCGGGGGCACACAGGGGCGGUGUUUAGCGUGGACUACAAUGAUGAACUGGAUAUCUUGGUGAGUGGCUCUGCAGACUUCACUGUGAAAGUAUGGGCUUUAUCUGCCGGGACAUGCCUGAACACACUCACUGGGCACACGGAAUGGGUCACCAAGGUGGUUUUGCAGAAAUGCAAAGUCAAAUCUCUCUUACACAGCCCUGGAGACUACAUCCUUUUAAGUGCAGACAAAUAUGAGAUCAAGAUUUGGCCAAUUGGGAGAGAAAUCAACUGCAAGUGCUUAAAGACAUUGUCUGUCUCUGAGGAUAGAAGUAUCUGUCUGCAGCCAAGACUUCAUUUUGAUGGCAAAUACAUUGUCUGUAGUUCAGCACUAGGUCUCUACCAGUGGGACUUUGCCAGUUACGAUAUUCUCAGGGUCAUCAAGACUCCUGAGAUAGCAAACUUGGCUUUGCUUGGCUUUGGAGAUGUCUUUGCCCUGCUGUUUGACAACCGCUACCUGUACAUCAUGGACUUGAGGACAGAGAGCCUGAUUAGUCGCUGGCCUCUGCCGGAGUACAGGAAAUCAAAGAGAGGCUCGAGCUUCCUGGCAGGCGAAGCAUCCUGGCUGAACGGACUGGAUGGGCACAAUGACACAGGCUUAGUCUUUGCCACCAGCAUGCCUGACCACAGUAUUCACCUGGUGUUGUGGAAGGAGCACGGCUGAUGCCACAAGCCAGCACCGCUGACUGACUUUGGGUGCCAGGGCUGUGGGUUUCGGGUGCAACCUUGUGGCAGCCGACUGCAUGAACCAAAGUUCUCACCUAAUGGUAUCAUCACGCAGUGCACAAUCAUUUAUCUAUGUUUGCUGGGGGGCCAGGGCUUGGGGUGGGGGAGGGCUUGUUUUAUCGACAUACAACACAGCAUGCUAAUUCGGUCACCAUUGACUUCAUUUGUACUUGUUACAUUGGUCAGCACAUGAAGAUGCAUUUUGAGUUCAUCUUUCUUGAGUGGACUAUUGGUUGUAAGUAAAGACAGUUAAGUGGUUCAUUAAUCUGCUAAUUGGUUGCCUAUAAAAUCACCUUCAGUCUGUUAUUAAAGCUUUUUACCAUAGCCUUUUUUUCUUUUGAAGUUGAAACAAAGGUGCUAUGAGGUUGUUACAACUUCUCUCACAUGGGACUUAGCUGUUCUAAGAACCAGUGCUUCAAAGACCACCAAGUCCUGUGACAUUCAUAAACCUACCAGAUACCACAUCUAAAGAAAGUUUGUCUUCCAGUGCAGAUAUAUACUAGAAAUGGAUGGUUUGCAGCUCACUGUGAUCCCUAGCUCUGAAUGCAGUCAAGGCUGGCCUUGUCUUAAUAUUUGGAAGAGUUCCGUACUUCUCACAUAGAAGAAGUUGGUCCCCUACAACCUGGGCAACUGCACAGAGAUGCCAUGGUCAAAUAGAGCCCUGAGCUGCAAGAUUGGAUACUGGCUGUGUUAUCUAAGAAUUCUGCACCUCUGAAUCGCAGUCCUGCAUCUAGUGAAGUGUGCAGAGUUGAUAGUGCAGUUCUGUCUGACUCCCCAUUCAUUGUUUCAGGUUGGAGCUGAUGUUUAAAUGAAAUUACUGAUACAAAGUUGUUACCUAUAAAGAAAUUCAUCAUAUGAAAAGGAUGACUGACUAGCAAAGAAAUGAGAAAAAUAUAACUGAUUUAGAAGCAAAUAUGCAAAAAAUAAAAAUGAAAGAAAAUAUAA